UCGAUAGCUGGUUCGCCUUCAACAAGUCCUUCAUUGCAUCCCAGGUCUGGCCUUCGUCCUGUUCCAAGUGUAGGACCGAUAGGGGAUGAAAUAUUUUCCAUGGAUACCAUGGAUGACGCAGAUGCGAUUCCGGCUUUAGACCUCAGCCAAGCAUCUACUUUGCUAGAAUCAGACACUUCGCAUGCCAGGCCUGCAGUAUGGAAACGAGGUGUAUCGACACGCGUUGAUCUGAAAACGAUUAUGGCAGAAACUGAGAAUAGCAAAAUCACGCCAAAAAAUACCGUACCUACUACCCCAGGCCUUGACAGAAUGACCCAGCGACCCGCUAUUACAGCCUCGCGUUCAAACACUUCGGGCACUUCACCCUGGAAGCUGCCUAUACCACCUAGCACUCCGACG